AUGGAUUGUAUUGAGCUUCCGUCGCACUCCUCAAUGGAUCUGGUGGACGAUCACGUGCCCUCGCUGUCGCCAUCGCCGUCGCCGUUGCCAUCGCCGACCAUCAUGGGCAACGAGGCGUUUUUUGUGCAACGUACGCCCAGCUUUGACGGGGCCUGUAUGCAGACAGCCCCAUUCUCAACGUGGCUCAUGGGCGGGAGUCAGGACGGCAGUGCGCAUCUCGACAUGAUGGAGGACGUCCGGGCGACAAGUGGCCAUGACCAGAGCCACUACCACCAGCACGAGAAGUUCCAUUUUGGUGAGAGCGACUUCGGAGGCGGGGCUGCCUUUGGUAUUGCUGCCGACGACGGUCACCUCAGCGACGGCUACGUCUCGGAGCCCUCGGGCUCACCGACCCACUGCCACGAUGGCGCAUAUGGCACGCCGAGGUCAGGCCAGGACCUGGGCGUGCCCGUGCACGAGUACAACGAGUUUUGUGACUUUCCCGCAGACCAACUGGAAGACGACGACAGCGAGGGCAGCAGCCAACAAGACCAGGAGCAAGAGGCGCAAGAGGAUCAAGACGAGCAAGAGGCGCAAGAGGAUCAACAGGCACAAGACGAGCAGGAGGCGCAAGAGGCGCUGGGAGACGCCAGCGAGCCACAGACCCCUGCCAUCUGUAAAGGCAUGCCGGGAGACUUGCCGCCUCUGCCGCCCAAGCCGCCCAAGCUGCCGCCCCGCCCACAGCACACAAAAUCUGGCAGCGUGUUGACAAAGAGUGAGCGGGAGCUGAAGAAGCACGUGACCAAGGUGUUCAAGGAAGAGAACCAUGGGUGCACGCCAAAGGAGGUACUGAACAUGGUCGCUGCCAACCCCAAGCGCAAGGCCCCCAGCGCGCGACGCAAGUCAACGCGGUCUGGCCCCAAGUGCGAUUUCUACUUCCGCCUCGGUGCGCUGGACGCAGGCAAGCGCGCCUUCAAGGUCAUCAAGACGGAGCUGCAGAAGCUGAGGCGCCCGCACGACGGCAAGGUGCUGGCCGACCUCUACGUUGAGGAGCGACGGAAGCUGCAGAACCAGCGUUCCCAGGCCAAGAAGCGCGAGGCCGCCGCCGAGGAAAUGUACGAGACCCAGCGCUGCAACGUCCAGCUCAAGCGCGCCAUCUACGAUGCCACAUACGCGCUGCACGCGCUGAGUCGCAUGCUGCACUAAACGCAGGUGGGACGUGGACGGACAAGAACGAAAGAAAGGAGAAACACAACCGAGCAAGCAGGGUGUGCUUGGGGGUGGUGGCGACGAUGCAGACACGCAACGUCGUCGCGGGUUGCUCUCUGUCAGUCUGUCUUUGUCA